AUGUUCCCUUUCUUGAAGGGUUCAGAGUUUGAAAAUGGAAUUUUUGCUGCUUUCAAUUCAACCAUUCCUUAUGUGGCUUAUCUGUUCAGCUGGGGAGAUCAAUAUGCUCGUAUCAACUACAGUGACAAUGGCCAUUACAGUGGUACCAAUAAUAUAUCCAUAUUAUUUUGUCUAACAUGUACCAUAACUCAAGGUUUUCCUUGUUUGAAAGGCACUAUUUUUGAAAAGGGAAUUGAUGCUUGUUUUGCUUCACACAUUCCAAAUCAGGUAUACUUAUUCAAACAUGAUUCCUAUGCAUUUAUCUAUACACUCUAUCCAGAAUAUGAUAGAGGAUGA